AUGCCAUCAAUAAUUGCCCCAUCACCACGACGCGUCGCUCAUGCCUGCUUUCAAGACGCGUUACAAUCCCCUUCCCCAUUACCUGAUACGCGUCAUUGUCACGUCCCCCAUGCUUCACCGACAGGUGUAAUUUCUGAAAUUUUGCCGUCGCGGAUGAUUUUAAGUCCGCCGCGACUGCUGUCGCCAAUCACACUCAACGAAUCUCGUGUCUUAUCUCUGAAAUCAAAGUCACCAAUGCCUUGUGGUGCUGCAGUAAGGCGGGGGCUCACCCGUUCCACUCGCUCCACGAAGAAACGCCGUCGCUUUCCUCCCCGCAUCGAGUCGCCUCUCGAUGUAUACGGACGUGUUCCCAUGUUUGAUCGCCUGCCGUGGAUUUCUGCCAUGGAGUUCCCUCCACGGUUCGAUCUCUACGAUACUGCGGAUUUAUCUCUACUGCCAGGUGUUGAAGAACUCCCCUUCUCAGAUACGAUCCCUGCGUCUGGACCCGUCCGCCAUCGCAAGUCAUCCCUCCGCUCAAACCCUCUUGGAAAUAAUCCAGAGUCAGAAUCGCCUUCCAGACAAAAUUUACCUUUCCAGUCCCCCAGCUGUGAUCGAGAGUGUCUCAAGACCCCACCACCUAGGGUAUCUUUCGACCCCACGCGAGUCACUUUCCACAAUCUCAUGCCAGUCUUUCCACAUGGUGUUGCCAAUCCCAGCCCACAGGCGAUGCGUUGA